AUGAUAGAAAUACCUGAUUUAGAUGAGUUAUCUCUACAUAAUUAUUCCGCAUCCAAUAACGUUACACCAGAAGAGAACCACAGUGAAGAUGAAAGUCAACAACCACCACCACAACAACAACAACAACAAUUCACACUUCAACCACAACAUUCCAUCCACUCACCACUGAUAGAGGAGAAUGGUUAUCUUCAACAUCAACAAAACCAAUUACAUCAGUAUAUGCAACAACAGCAACACAAUACACUAACCCCAGAGCCGCCUACCAUCUCAGACUUUACCAAAGAUCAAUUGCCGCCAUCGGCAACUUCUUUUCAAAACUCGACCAUUGGCUCGGAUAUACUAGGUGAAACAAUUGCAUUAUACAACAGUCUGGCGAAUAGCAGUAAUAUACACAAGUCUCAACCACAACUACCUCAAGAAUCAUCGGACCAUUUGACGCAGAAAGAGACAUCAACAGUAUCUGCAUCAUCACAUCCAAUGUUAGAUCAAGCACCACAAAUGAUAGACGCUCGAUUAGAGAGAAUAGAGCAUGAAGUAGACAACUUCAAUGAGAGGGAAAACAACUACCAACAUCCACAAAUGCAACCAUAUUCACAAGAUACAGAAUCAGGAUUGUCUCUCGGUACCGAAGAUUCCCAAAAUAUCAGCUCACAAAAAGUGGACUAUGUUCAAACAAAAAAUUCCUCUUUGGAAUUUGAUGCACCAAUAGGACUAGUGUAUAUGCCUGAUAAUUUGGAUGAACACAAAACAUCAUUUAAAUUGCAACAGCCCCCCAUUGUUACAGAUUACCGUGACACAACAACAACAACACCAGAUUUGGCCAGCGAAUCCAAUGAUCAACUUGGCCAACUCGAAACUCCACUUAUGGCUGGAUUUGAUUUCAACUUGGGAACAAAUACUUCUCUGGCAAAUCAAUUAUCAUCACCCAUGUCCUCAUUCCCACUUCACAAUCGCGUGGAGCCAUCACCGCAAUUACCCCCUCCAAUGUCUUCUGCGUCAUUACAAAAACUCACUUUACGAAAUGGUGAAGAAUUUGGAUCUAUUAGACGUGAUUUAGCAACUGAUUCUAAAACUUCUGCGGAGUACACAUUGCACAUUAUUUUCACUCAGUUUGUUCGUCAUGCCGAACGUAAACUAAAUUUAUGUCUUGAUUAUCCAUUAAAUGAGGAACCACCCAUUUUAGACUUGAUUGCAGAAGGGGUAGAUACUGAAUUUGACAAAAUCAUUUCUGCCUUGGGGUACAUUGCUCGAAGAAAACCCAAACCAGUUAUCGAUAGUGUAAUGUUUUGGAGAAAAUCCAAAAGUGAAGUUGCUUCCAUGGCAGCAACAGAAGUCGAAAAAGCUGUGGGUGUGGCUCAAACGAAUUUACUUAGAAUUUCCAAAACAUCUUCAGCAACAGCAACUACAACCACAUCUCCGAUUAGCCCAUCAAACCCAGGAAUAGCUAAAAAUAGCAACACGGCUUCCACUGCCAAGCGAAGUUUAAGUUUGAUGAGAAAGAAGAGUUUUUCAAGAAUAGCCCAUCGUCGAAAUGUUUCUUCUUCAGCAGCAAUUCAGUCAUCACAGAACGUACCUGAAUCAGAAAGUGUAUUCAUGAAACAAAAACAAUUCUACGAUGACCAAAUUUCUCAAGCAAAAGAAACUGCUGUCCACGCUGAUAGAAAAUCAUUAGCAUCAAUUUAUAUAUUAUGUCGUGUUUUGAUUGAAAUUGUGAAACAAACACCAUUAUCAGUGAUGGGAAGUGAUCUCAGUAGUAAAUUAGAGGAAAUAGUUUACACUCAGUUAAAGACUACCGAUCCUAUCAGUACAAGUCAGUCAUUGGUACGUGCUGCAAAUUGGAAUUUGUUUGCCGAACUAUUAGGAUUUAUGUCACGUGAAAGAUUUGUCAGUGUCAAUGACAGGUUUAUUGCUGAUCUAGAGAAGGUACCCCAACAAAUUCGACACGAGGAUGAGCCGAAGCUCUAUUUGUUGAUCAAUGGGAUGAAAUAUCUUAAACUUACAAUCUAUCCACUAGAGGAAUUUGAAGAAAGUGCUGAAUUCAUCCAAUCAUUAGCAAAAUUUUUUGAUAAAACAACAAAUGAAACAGUCUUAUAUGCGUAUUGUGAAGUUUUCAGUCAGUUAUUUUUGCCAUUGGCUAACGUCAUGACCGCAGAAGCUAAUUAUCCAUCAUGGGUAGAAGGUGUUGAAAAAGUAUACUACAAGGCAUUUAAAUUGUGGAGACAAUCUUUAGGCUCAACCAGCAGUCCAACCUCGUUGGCGUUGCCAACCCUGAAUACAUCUGGGGUAUCAUCAAAUAAUGGCUGGUCUCAUUCAUUGAUUUUAAUGGCAUCUGCUUUGUCUGUGUCAAGAAAGGAAUUAUUUUCAGAAGUUUGGGUCAAUGUGAUCAAUGAAAAUAGCUUCAAAUUGAAACCCAAAGUUGAAGCUGAAGAUAAAACGACCUAUAUCAUGAGUAUUACAAGACUAAUUUGGGUAUAUCUCAAUCGAUUACCAGAUACUUUGAAUAACACAAUUAAACGAUUAGACGCAAUUUUUGAAUUGUUAUUUUUCCAUAAUAACGCUACCAGUAAGAAACAUCAGUGGAUAUCACCAGACUUGUUUUUAAUUGGAUCUUUAAUUGAAUUAAUCAGAAUAGUGGGUUACAAUCACUUAAACUAUGUGUUGGAGCAAGUCUUGAUUAGACUUUUGAAUAUGAGUUUCAAUGGCACAUCAUUGGAAAAUGCAUUCCCUGAAAAACUCAUAAUUGUUAUCAAAAGUUAUCUUGCUAUUUUGAAAGACUAUGAAAUUGGUGACAAACCUAGUUUUCCAGCAGAUUUUCCCAACGAACAAAAGAAAAAAGUUAAUGAGUUUUUAUUCAUUUCGAAGAACAGUACCAACCUGGCUGCUCAUGAGGAAAUAUGCCGUACUUUAGUAUUGUUGUUAAAGAUUUUAGAUAGUCAAUAUGGGUCAGGAUUUAAUAACGAAAGCAAUUCUUUAUUUUCAUUAGGUUCAAGUAAAUCUCAAUCUUCAUUUGGGUUUCAUUUCAACUACGAUCCUACACCCCAAACUACUAAAGAAGUUCACAUACAAUUAUUUGCCACUGUUAUCGAAGCCAUUCCAUGGGGAAUUGUAGGAGCAUCUGGCGAUAAUAGUCAGAAUUUGAUUCCCUUUAAACAAGUUGUUGAUAUAUUGAUUAGAGGGGCAAUCCAUCCAGAUUCACGUAUCUCAAUGGCCUCCAUCAAAUCAUUGAAGUAUUUGGCUUCUAAAAAGAACCCCACUUCUUUGAUGACUAUUUAUGCCAAGCUUGCGUUCCAUUUUUCUGACAAAACUGGCCCAACUUAUGAUACACAAUAUUUAUACUCAGACCAAUUCACCAAAUUAUUAAAGUUGUACACCGAAUUAUUAGAUUGCUGGUUGAUUCUGUUCCAAGAUUUACUUGAAAAGAAAAAAGCAGACCAGUCCAUAGGUGUGUUAGCUGGAAAUGACAAACUGAAUAACAGAGAUGCUUUAAACAACUUGUAUAAGAUCAAUCGAAAAAAUGCCGAUUUAUCAGAUUCUCACCCCACAAGAUUAAACCCUAGCGAUGAAUUUGAAUGGAAAACAAUAAUCACUGCCAUCGAAGAUAUCGAAGGAAACGGGUUGUUUUUCCUUUGCUCUCAAAAUCCAAAAACGAGAUAUUAUGGGAUUAAAGUUCUUAAGUUGGUUGAACAGUUUGAUCAAGCAGUUUAUAAUGUAACUGAUUCAGCUACUGAUACUAGUUCGGGAACGAAGCAACAUUCUAGAAGCUCGUCAAAAUUUGCUGCCGACGUUGGGACAAGACUUAUUCAUAUUUUGGAAGAUCUUGAUUUUGUUGAAUUGAUUCAACCUUACCGCAAAGAGCUAAGUGUUCCAGAACGUACAAGAUUAACAAAACUCAAAAAUAAAAAGAACAUUUUGAUCCGAUUAGCAGAGUCAGAUUACGGUAUAGACUCUGCAAUUUGGCUACGCUUAUAUCCAAAAGUGCUAGAGAUAUUUUUUGACAGAUGUCCUAUGCCAGUAGCAAUGUGUCGUAAUCUUGUUUGUGUUUGUUUGGUUCAAAUGCAUGAGUUUGUGUUGGAGUUUUCUGAUAGCUAUAAAUCAUACACAUCGUCAUUAUUUUCCAAGUCUGCCACAAACGUGCCUCCUGAGGUGUUGGUCAAUCAAUGGAAAUUAUAUCUCAUAUUUGCUUGCUCCACAUUAACUGCUACGAAUGAUCAGAAGAUAUCAUUUCCCAAUCAGCCGACCCACGGGCGUAAAAAGUCUUUGCAGAUGUUUAUUCAACAUCAAAAAAUUACCAGUGCAAAAUCGGUAUUUAAAAUGGUAUUACCCUUAUUAAAGCUGUCACAACCAAUGGUAAAAGAAUCUGUCAUAGUGGGGUUGAGUCACAUAAAUAUCAAUAUUUUGAAAAGCUUUUUGGAGAAUAUCCCAUUGGCAGUAGAGGAAUGGAACACCAAUAUCAAAACCCGCAAUCCUCAAGAUGAUGCGUUCAGAAUUGAAGUGGUUCAUAUAUUAACCAAUUUGACGGAGAAGUUUGGUCUGCACGAAUUGAUAUAUACUGAUGAUUCGAUUGUGGCCAACUUAGUAGCCAUUGUUAAAAAUGUGAAGAAUUUUUUGUCUGAACCAGCAAUACAGACUAAUUUUGAGUGCCAAAGAUUGCGUCGUUACUUUUGUGGAUUCUUAGAAAAUGUCUAUACUGGACUUGAAGCAAAAUCAGACUUGGAAAAAUGGCUACCAUUUGAAGCGAGAGUAGCUUGUUUUAAUUAUCUCAAGGAAUGGUGUGGAUAUGGUGAUAGCAGUGCUGUUACUGAGGAACGAUAUAACGCUAUAAUCAGUAGAAUUAAAACCGAAAAGGCUGGGCCAUCGGCACUUGCCAUACUUGAAAUUGAACGGAAAAAAUUACAAUUAGCAUCAUUAAAAUGUAUGGCAAUUUUAUGUUCGGGUCAAAUCAAAAAGAAAAUAGAAAUACCAGGAAACUUGGCAGUUGUCUCAUUUGACAUUCCAGGUUUGAUGAAUUGGAUUCAAGCGUUAUUAGAAUCGAACGUUGAAAAAAUAAAGGAAAUUGGUCAUUGCGCUUCAAGGAAUGUUAUUGAGAAAAAUUUUGAAUUUCAAGACAUUAUUAGCGCUGUUGUUCAAAGAUGCUAUGUUAGUCAAACUUCUUUGGAAAGUUACUUUUGCUUAUUUGUUGAGAUAUUUAUGGAGAAAAACACUUUUGAAAUAGUUUCAGAUGAACUUCUCUGUUUGGCUUCAGUAUUGACAGCAAAUGAGAGUUUCCAAGUGAGAAAAUCCGCAAUUGCUUUACUCAAGUAUUUCGAAAAGAAGAGUCUUGGGUCUGAAUCAUUAGAACGAUACACUGAAGCCAUUUGCAGUAAGAGUUCAGUUGUCUACAAAAAAGUUUUAUUUGAUCUUUCGAACGAUGUCCAAAAUAUAAAACCAGAAAGUUUGUACAAUAGAAUCAGUUACUUGACGCAGAAUAUUAAUUUGAUAUUUCCUGCUGCAAGAGAAGCUAUUUUGUCAUUAUUAGUGCCCAUGGUUUCAAAGGUUACAUUAAACUACGAGACCCCUUUACCUGAAAAGGACAGUACCACAGACAUCCAUGAAAAAGCAUUUGAUAGCUCGUCAUUAAUGGUGUUGAGCAAUCUUUUUGAAAUUACGGUAAAUUUUGGAUCUAGUAUGUCCAAUCAGGUAGAAGUAUUGUGGAUAUCCUUGAGCAACAAUGUUCAAAAUAUUGACAAAAUUGUGGAAUUCUUAUUACAAAGUAGUCUUGAACUGAAAAAUCCAUCAUUUGUUGAGCAGUCAAGACAAAUCAUUGAUUAUUUGGCGUUUGCAAGAUCUGACCCAGCCUAUAUUAUUGAUAAAUUAAUUAACAAUUUGCAACCUAGAAUGAUGGUUCCACCUCAACUAGGCAAUAAAUCAACAGCUCCUAUCAGUAAAGAUUAUCCCUAUGUAUGCGAUAUCAAAAGAAUUAUUCAAACAAAUGAAAAGGAUGUCAUAUUUUCAUUAGGCCAAUUAAGCAUGGUAUUUUUGGUUGAUAUAGUAACACUCAAAAAUGAUUUAAUGAUAGAGAAACUCCCUUUGUUAUUGCAUGUGUCACUUUCCUUGAUGGAUCACUAUUUGCCAAUUGUUCAAGAACAAGCAGGAACUUUUUUAGUCCAUUUAAUUCAUGCAUUAGUUCGUGAUGACCCAAAGGCACAAGAGACAAUUCUGUCACUUCGAGAAAACGAUCAUAUCAAACAUUUAUGGGUGUAUGACGAUUUAAACAACGACAAAAAGGGUGCUAGAACACCAAAAAAUAUGGAUUUGUUGAUAAGAAGUGCUAUAAAAAUGUUUGCUGCCGUUGCUCCAAAUAUACAAGAUGAUUGGAGUAGAGUGUCAUUGCAUUGGGCUACUACUUGUGCUGUUAGACAUAUUGCUUGUAGAUCAUUUCAAGUAUUCCGAUCAUUAUUGUCGUUUUUGGACCAGUCAAUGUUGAAAGAUAUGUUGCAUCGUUUGUCCAACACCAUAUCCGAUGAAACUGUUGAUAUUCAAGGAUUUGCAAUGCAAAUAUUGAUGACUUUAAAUGCUAUAACAGCUGAACUUGACUCAGAAAAGUUGAUUGAUUUUCCUCAGUUGUUUUGGUCUAGUGUUGCAUGUCUCAGUACCAUCCACGAACAAGAAUUCAUUGAAGUUUUGUCGACUUUGAACAAAUUCAUUUCCAAGAUCGAUUUGGAUGCAGCCGAUACCGUUGCUUGUUUGACAAAAACAUUUCCACAAAAGUGGGAAGGUAAAUUUGAGGGUUUGCAACAGGUUAUUUUGGUGGGGUUGCGUUCAUCAACCUCUUGGGAACCAACCUUGAAAUUCCUUGAUAAAUUGAUUGUUCAUAAGGACAGUUUGAUUAUUGGAAUGGGUGACUCCAGAGUAUUGACUGCAUUAUUGGCAAAUAUGCCUCGGUUUUUACAUCAUUUGAGUGAAGAGAAUGUGACACCAGAAAUUGAAAACACGGCUAUGGCUUUAAGCCAGUUGGCAGAGGAUAGUGGUAAAUCGUCACUAGCAAAACUUUUGGUUUCAUUUGCUAAAAGACGGUUUAGAUCCAAGUCUGAUUUUCUUGAUCAAUCUAUUUCGUGUAUCAAGAAUGCAUUUUUCCCAGAGUAUCAGGCACAAACAUUGGUAUUGCUUUUAGGGUUGUUGUUCAAUAAAAUGCCUUGGGUGAAAACAGAAACAUUAGGCCUUUUGCAACUGAUUUUCCCAUUAGUUGAUCUUCAAAGAGAUGAAUUUAUUGGUGUUGGAGCUGACUUGAUAUCCCCAUUAUUGAGGUUGUUGCUCACAGAUUAUGCCGAAUGGGCGUUGCAAGUGCUAGAUGAAGCUGAAAUCAUUCCUGGAUCCCAAUCAGAUAAGGAUAUUUUGAGAAUGAGUUUAGGAAGCACUUCCAUGAAGAAGGAAUAUGAGAAUACCGCUACUUUAUUUGGGAUACCAGAUGAGAGUGGUUGGUCAAUUCCAAUGCCGGCAAUAACUGCAGCAACGACAAGAAAUAACGUACACGCUGUUUUCUCAACGUGUACGCUCGAUAAUAUUGUUGAUGAAAAUGUGGAACAAGAAGAAGAUGGGAUUGAUAUUCAAUUUCAUCUGGAAGAUUAUUAUGGAACAGCAAGUGAUCAAACUCAAUUUGUUGAUAGUGUAUCUGUUAGUGUCGACGAACGAGAAGCGCUGUUAAGUAAUGUUUGGGCUGCCUUGGACGAUUUUGACUCGUUUUUCACCAAAGAAUCCGAGCAAGCUGGAAGUAUACCAGUAGUAGCUAAUAGAGCCAUGAGAAGAAGCCACGCGCAUCCUCGACACCAUGUGCAUAGUGCUUCAGUUGACACCAAAUACAGUAAUUCAAGUGACACUUUGAUGCCUAUGGAAUCAGCACCAAACGUUUAUGACAAGAAGGCUUCGGUUAUUUUGAAUAGAAGUUUGGCCAGAACAACAUCAAACACAUCAUUUAGAGCAAAUUUGGCUGAUUCCAUUGGCAGCACACAAAUAGCCACCAACUCAAACCACUCCAACAAACGGUCAUACAUACCAUUCAGAAGUAGUAGGCAUGGUAAUAAGGCUAGAGCAGAAGUAUUCUCCACCCCAAAAAUACCUUUAUCAGCAGGAUUUGAUGCCAAUGAUCUUGAUCAAACACCCUCUUCAAUUCAGUCUACGGCAAUUUCUUCACCAACAAUAAGUGUUGCGCGCAAUGAUGGAGACCAUGAACUUGCUUCCAAUGCAAAUGAAAAUGUUACCAGAUUUGAAGGUAUAUUGGGUACAAAGAAAAAAUCCAAAAAGGGUAUUAGACAAAACUCUCCGAACGAGUCAACUACAAAUAUAUCACCGGACUUAACAGCAAAUAACAGUUUUAGAAACUCUCAUGUUUCUUCAAUUGCCUCUCCCAAGGGAGCUGCAGCUGUUAUUAGUUCUCCAAUACAGGUUGUGGGAUCAAAUACCGCUGUUACUCCAAAUUCUGGCAAAGAAAAGAAAAGAAUAUCUCAAAAGUUUCGCUAA